AUGGAUCUCCGCGUCGGUGGUAAAUAUCGUCUCGGCAAGAAAAUCGGAUGUGGUUCAUUCGGUGACAUCUACCUUGGUAUUAACAUCAUCUCCGGCGAGGAAGUGGCCAUCAAGCUUGAGAGCGUCAAAGCCAAACAUCCUCAGCUCGAAUAUGAAGCCAAAGUCUACAAAACCCUGGCCGGUGGGGUUGGCGUCCCUUUUGUGAGAUGGUUCGGCGUAGAGUGUGACUACAACGCUAUGGUGAUCGAUUUACUCGGGCCUAGCUUGGAAGACCUGUUCAACUUCUGCCAACGCAAGUUCAGCCUCAAGACUACCUUGCUCCUUGCUGAUCAACUGAUCUCUCGAAUCGAGUACGUCCACUCGCGCAACUUCAUCCAUCGAGACAUCAAGCCCGACAACUUUCUCAUGGGCAUUGCCAAGCGUGGAAACCAAGUCAACAUCAUCGACUUCGGUCUCGCCAAGAAGUACCGUGACCCGAAGACCUUGUUGCACAUCCCCUACAGAGAGAACAAGAACCUCACUGGAACGGCCCGAUACACCUCCAUCAACACCCAUCUCGGUGUCGAACAGUCCCGUCGGGAUGACAUGGAAUCCCUGGGCUAUGUGUUCAUGUACUUCCUCCGAGGGAGCUUGCCGUGGCAAGGAUUGAAGGCGGCGACCAAGAAGCAAAAGUACGACCGAAUCAUGGAGAAGAAGAUGACCACGCCGACCGAAUUCCUCUGCCGGGGCUUUCCGAAAGAGUUUGCGAUCUACCUCAACUACUCGCGCUCGUUGAGGUUCGAUGACAAGCCGGACUACCCCUACCUCCGCAAGCUCUUCCGGGACUUGUUUGUCCGUGAGGGCUUCUCGUACGACUACGUCUUUGACUGGUCCCUCCAAACUCGCAACGCAGACGAGUCCUCCGUGCCUACCAGAGAACAGAUGGCCGCCAAAGACCGCAGCUCCGCUGCUGCUCCGGCUGCCAGUCCCGCGGCGCCCCUUCGCCGAAAGGUCAUUCCUGAAGCCACUCCCGUCCCAGGCAGUGGGAAUGAGAGAAAGCUCCGCAGUCAGACCAAGAUGGAGGAGCCACACUACACAUACUACGACGAGUAG